UGGACAGAUCAGGGCAACUGAAUAUUUUCUCCCAUUCUUUCUGGAGAAGCAACUUUUUUAAAAAAUAAAAAAUGCCUCUGUUAAAUUUCCUCCUCUCUUCUCCUGCGUGCAUCUGUCUGCUGUGCCUGGUCUUCUUCUUGGCAUCGCUCUAUUUUCCAAGGAGCUUCGGAAAACCGAAUUUUACAUUCCCGCCUGGUCCGACGCCUCUCCCAAUCAUUGGGAACCUACAUUUGCUGGAUAUGAAAAGGCAGGACAAAUCCAUAUUGAAGGUAGGGAAUAAAAUUGCUUCACAUAAGCUGUGCUUUUGGUCCCUUUGUGCAAAUUCAAGAGAGGAUUAGGGAAGAGGGAGAAGUCUGAUUUGGUUCAGAGGUGAACUUAACCAAAUCCACACAUUCCAAAAGAAUGUGCGAACUGAAAUCCACACUUUUCUACUUUUUUAUUUUUUGCAAUGCAGUUCUAUAGCUAAGCUACCAUUAGGGUAAAAUGUACAUAUGCCUGCAUAUAUUAUUGAAAACAUACAGGAAAGUAUUGUAUUUGGCUGAAUUGCUUGCAAAAAUACGUAUAUCUGUCAAAACUGCAUACAAAAAAAUGUUUAUUAGGAUAAUUUUUUACUAAAAUGCUGCUGAAUUUGUGUAAGGAUCUUUUUAAAGUCGCAAAUUGCUACAGAAAUGCGCAGAACUGAAUUUGAAAUUGGGAAACCGAGAGACUGAGAGAACUGAUAAUUGACAGAUUUGCCCAUCCCUAGUAAAGAUUUAUAUUUCUGGCAUACAUUUGUUUUAAAUCAGCUGAGUAAGAUAAUGCUGUGCUGCAAGAGAACCACGAAUGCAAUCACAUGUUGGUUCGAGUUUAACACAGUUGUUAUCUCUUUAUGUGCACAUCCUCUACGUAUUUCAUCCAUCUUAUUUAUUUUUUACUUUUGUGGAAUUACUCUAGAGUAAACAAGGGGUGGGUUGCAGUUGUGCACUUUGAAAUGGGUCUUCCUGCAUUACUUCUACCAGCCCCUAUGCAAUAAUUAAUUAAAUUUGCUGUAACUGUGGGGGCUUUAUUUCUUAAUUUGACAGCUCCCAUCCCCUGCUUUAGAAAACAACAGAUGUAAAGAGAACUCACAGUACAAUUAUGUAACAUGCAUUUGGCUCUAAAGAGGCAAAGUGUUUGUUUAGAUAAUCUUUUUUGAAUAGGGAUGGGGGGAGAGUUUGCAUUUAAAGGCAUACUUACAUAACUGGCAUUUUCCAAAAGAGUAUGAGAGCCAAAACACAGCCACUCUUCAAAAUUUGCAGUUCUCCAGAUUUUACAGUGGACUUCACCAGCCAAAUAAUGUGCAGUUGCCAGGGGUCCAGCAGAGCUUCCUGUUUAUACCUGCAUUAAGCCAUGUCUAGGCACUUAAGCAUUCAAGAAUGUGCAUACCUUGGUUCUCGAACGCCUUGGUACUCGUACGUUUUGGCUCCUAAACGCUGAAAACCUGGAAGUGUAUGUUUCAGUUUUCAAAUGUUCUUUGGAAGCCAAAUGUCCAAAGCGGCUUCCACGGCUUCCGAUUGAGUGCAGGAAGCUCCUGCAGCCAACCGGAAGUCACGCCUUGGUUUUCGAACAGUUCCGGAAGUCAAAUGGACUCCCGGAACGGAUUAAGUUUGACAACCAAGGUAGCACUGUCUUAUUUGUACUAAAAUGCUGAUACGUUUUCAUGAGGACUUUUUUAAAAAAAAAAAGCAAAGUAAUAUGGAAAUGUGAAGAACUGAAGAUCAGAAAAAUGUGAAACUAAGAGAAACUGAAACUGACAAGACUCUCUGGUUCCCAAUGACAAGGCUGAGCAAUUGGUUAUUCACUCCAUCCUUCCUGGGCACAAAGUCUCCUCCAAAUAUGUAAAUGUCAAAGAACAGUGAAAUAUACUCGGAGUCCUGUAGUGAUUUCAUGCUCUUUAUUGCAGCUUGUAAGACAGUGAUUGGAUUGCCCCCCAAACCUCAGGCUUUUAUAUACAUUAUUUACACAAUGAGUCCCGUCUGACUGGCUGAUUCUGCUUCCCUCCUGGAGCCUGAUUGGUCUUUUCCUGCAGGCCAAUCAGUUGUUGCAUUCUACGAUCCUACCACCCUAAUAGGCUGAUUAACUUCCUCCUGGAGCCUGAUUGGCCUUUUCCUGCAAGCCAAUCAGUUGUUGCAUUCUAGGAUCCUACUUGCCUAUUGUUCUAGGAUCCAAGCUUAGUACAUAACAAAUAGCUAUUAAUCAAAAGCUGAGUUCUCAACUGCCUUCCACUCCAACAGGCUGCCAUUCAGCCUGUUCUAUCCAGAUCUCCAAGAACACUUCAGAUACCCUGAAAACAAGAUCCAUCUUCAGGGAAGAAGGAGCUGAUGAUGUUAUUCAAGUCAUUCUUGUUUGCCUCCAUUAAGGUGUAGGGAUUUGAGGGAGAUUCGAUUCAGUUCACAUUUAAAGACAAACCAAGCAAUCGCUUACUUUCUGAAACAAUAUGUGAACCGAAACACAGUUACCCUUCAGAAUUUGAACUUCUCCAAAUUUUUCAGUCAAGGAAUGGGUAUCAAAAAUGCAUGUAUAUUGGGUGUGCAUAAGAAUACAUGCAUUAACAAGCAGAAAUACAAAAAAAUGCAUUAUAUUGGAGGAAAAUGCUUUGCCAAAAGUGUAAAUUAUUGGGCAAAACUGUAUAUUAGGAGAAGUUUACAGCAGUAACAAGACCAUUUGAAGGUACUUUGUUAUAACCCCUGCUUACCUUUCAGCUUGCUGAGAAAUAUGGCCCGGUGUUCACCCUCCAUUUUGGAUUCCAAAAGGUAGUAGUGCUGACUGGCUACGAAGCUGUGAGAGAUGCCCUUGUGACCUUUACGGAGGACUUUGUGGACAGGCCGCCAAUCCCAAUAUUUGAAGAGAUUCAGCGUGGAAAUGGUAACGGACUGUCAUGGACUGGCUGGAUACAGAGGAAUGGGAGGAAGCACCAGCUGGGGAACCCCCAAGGAAACCCCCAAAGGUUCAGAGCCAGAGGAUUGUUGGUGGGAUGACAAUGAAGGAAAAGAGGGAGCAGAAUGGGAGGAGGAGGUGUCAGAAACGGCAACAGGGUUUAGUGAGCAGGAAGAGGUUGUGGCAGAGAGCAGUCCAGACUCAGAGGCAGGAGAGGAGGGUGGCAGAUGAGUCAGGAUGCUGAAGAAGCCAGGGAAUCUCCCCCUCCUGCUGUGACUGGCUCCCCUCUCCCCCAGUGUCCCAGAACACGCAGAGAAAUGAAGAGGGUGGAGUAAAGAGAGACAAGACGAAUGAGCCUUAGGCUGCUGGGGAAGGAACCUUAGAGAUCGGUGGAAAGGCAGGGACCUUCAGUCCUUGCAACUGCUUCAUUGGGGCAAGAGUUGCUGUGGUCACUAGGCCUGUGCUGUUUCGGGUUUUUUUUACUAAAAUGUUAACUUCACUGACAUUAGUGUUUUUUUAAUUCCUGACUCUUCCUCCAGACAUUGACUGAACACAAUUGCCUUAAUUCCUGCUUUUCUGCAAGUCCCUUAUAAAGUUGUGGCAUGCUUUUGUAAAGCAAUCAGCAGCUUGUGAGAAGGAGGGGGGCUUUGAUGUCAGGAUGCUUGGAACUGCCGGGGGAACUCAGGGUUUGGGAAUGUCAGGUGGCAGAGGAACCAACCCCCACGGCAGGUUGACAGGAACAGAUAAGACAAGAAAAAGGCCUUACCACCUCUUCAACAUUUACAGAGAGAGGCUUGGGAAUGCAGGCUCUUAGAAUAAUGGUGCUGUCCCGAGUGACUCUCCACCCCCCCCUUCUCUCCCACUUCCUCAUUCGUCAAUAGUAGCACCCCCUCUAUGGUUGCCACUUGGGGCCAUCUGUCUUCAAGCUCUUUGCUCUCCUACUUUUAAGGCUUGCCAGGUUCUGGGAGAUGGUGGGUCUGGAAUGCUUUCUAGUGACACCGUGUCCUUCAGCUGUCCCCCCCUGGUGCUUCUUCUUCCUCCUCUCCCAUUUAUUUCCCAGCUUUCCCCCUCAUCUUCCUCUGAGCUGUGACCCCCCUCAAACCUCUGUUGUAAUUCUGAACAGUCUUCUUCUUCUCUGGAAGGGUCAAGCUGGGAAGGUGGUCUCCACCAUUCCUCCUCUGCCCAGUCCCUGACAGGGGAAUGGGGAAGAUGAGAAAAACAGUGGUUCUGGUGAUAUAAAAGGUAAAGGUACCCCUGCCCGUACGGGCCAGUCUUGCCAGACUCUAGGGUUGUGCGCUCAUCUCACUCUAUAGGCCGGGAGCCAGCGCUGUCCGCAGACACUUCCGGGUCACGUGGCCAGCGUGACAAGCUGCAUCUGGCGAGCCAGCACAGCACACGGAAUGCCGUUUACCUUCCCGCUAGUAAGCGGUCCCUAUUUAUCUACUUGCACCCGGGGGUUCUUUCGAACUGCUAGGUUGGCAGGCGCUGGGACCGAACGACGGGAGCGCACCCCGCCGCGGGGAUUCGAACCGCCGACCAUGUGAUCGGCAAGUCCUAGGCGCUGAGGUUUUACCCACAGCGCCACAGAUAUACCGUAUUUUUCGCACCAUUGGACGCACCGGACCAUAGGACGCACCGGAUCAUAGGAGGGGGAGAACAGGGAAAAAUUUUUUUUUCUUGUUCUCUCCCUCUAAAACAAGGUGCGUUCAAGGUACCUAAUUUUUUUUGUUGGGGGGGAAAUAAAGAAAAAAAAAAAUCCCUCCCCAGGCACGGGGCAGGCGCGGGGGAAGCCCGAGCUUCCCCCGACCCCAGCCCCCAGAACAGCCUGCUAUCCGCAAGCCUAGGGAACCGAGCCGGUCUCCCCAGGCUUGCGGAGAGGUGCGCGAAGCCCGGGCGCGCUCUUCAGCGCGCACCAGGCUUCGGAAUGCAGGCAGCUCUGCACUACUCUCCGGAGCCCCACGCGGCUUCGCGCCGGGGUUCGGAGGGUGGCGCGGAGCUGCAGGAAGCCCUGGAGCGCAGGCAGCUCCGCGCCACCCUCCGGAGCUCCGCGCAGCUUCGCGCCGGGAUUGGGAGGGUGGCACGGAGCUGCAGGAAGCCCUGGAGCGCAGGCAGCUCUGUGCCACCCUCCGGAGCCCCGCGCGGCUUCGCGCCGGGAUCGGGAGGGUGGCGCGGAGCUGCAGGAAGCCCUGGGGCGCAGGCAGCUCCGCGCCACCCUCCGGAGCCCCGCGCGGCUUCGCGCCGGGAUCCGGAGGGUGGCGCGGAGCUGCAGGAAGCCCGGGAAAGCCUGCAUUCGCUCCAUAGGACGCACACACAUUUCCCCUUCAUUUUUGGAGGGGAAAAAGUGCGUCCUAUAGAGCGAAAAAUACGGUAUAUAUCUGGUGAUAUAUAUAUUCUAAAGGAAGUCUGAUGUCUCUUAAAAAAAAAAAAAAGCAUUUCACAGAACUCUUCCCUAAUUCAAAUGAACAAGACCAUGUCUUAUGUCUACCCCAAUAGGGGUGUUUUUUUCCACCGGCGAGCUGUGGAGGACUACCCGAAGAUUCACCAUGGCCAGCAUGCGCAAUCUUGGCGUGGGGAAGAAGCUCAUAGAGCAGCAGAUUAAUGAAGAACUUGGUUUCCUUGUAGAGGACAUUAAAUCUUUUAAAGGUGAGUUUGGAAAAUUUAGGAGGUUAGGGCAGAACCAACUCCACGGAUGGGGGACACCUGGCUUGCCAGUAGUACAUGUAAAAGGGAUCUGGGGGUCUUAGUAGACCACAAGCUUAGCAUGAGUCCACAGUGUGAUGCAGCAGCAAAAAGAAAAAGCUAGUGGUAUUCUGUGCUGCAUCAACAGAAGUAUAGUGUCUUAAUCAGGAAAGUCAUAGUCCCACUCUAUUCUGUCUUGGUCAGACCUAUACUGCAGUCGUGUGUCCAUUUCUGAUCACCACAAUUUAAGAAGGAUAUUGAAAACCUGGAACAUGUGCAAAGGACGGCAAUGAAGAUGAUAAAGGGUCUGGAAACCAAGGCUUAUGGGGUAAUUGGGUAUGUUUGACCUGGUAAAGAGAAGAUUAAGAGGAGAUAUGAUUGUUGUUGUAUAGUCGUUUAGUCGUGUCCGACUCUUCGUGACCCCAUGGACCAGAGCACGCCAGGCCCUCCUGUCUUCCACUGCCUCCCGCAGUUUGGUCAAACUCAUGUUGGUAGCUUUGAGAACACUGUCCAACCAUCUCGUCCUCUGUCGUCCCCUUCUCCUUGUGCCCUCCAUCUUUCCCAACAUCAGGGUCUUUUCCAGGGAGUCUUCUCUUCUCAUGAGGUGGCCAAAGUAUUGGAGCCCCAGCUUCACGAUCUGUCCUUCCAGUGAGCACUCAGGGCUGAUUUCCUUAAGAAUGGAUAAGUUUGAUCUUCUUGCAGUCCAUGGGACUCUCAAGAGUCUCCUCCAGCACCAUAGUUCAAAAGCAUCAAUUCUUCGGCGAUCAGCCUUCUUUAUGAUCCAGCUCUCACUUCCAUACAUCACUACUGGGAAAACCAUAGCUUUAACUAUACGGACCUUUGUUGGCAAGGUGAUGUCUCUGCUUUUUUAAGAUGUUGUCUAUGUUUGGCCUGGUAAAGAGAAGAUUAAGAGGAGAUGUGCUAGCCAUCUUCAAAUAAAGGGCUGUCACAUGGAAGAUGGAAUACGCUUGCUUAUCCUGCUCCAGUGACUAGGACCCCAUUAAUGGCAUCAAGCUACAAGAAAGGAGAUUCUGACUAAACAUUAGGAAGAGCUUUCUGACAGUAAGGGCUGUUUGACAGUGGGACAGACAAGAGGUGGUGGGCACUCCUUCCUUGGGGGGGGGUUUAAGCAGAGGUGGGAUGGCCAUCUGUCAUGUAUGAUCUAGUUGAGAUUCCUUCCUUGCAGGGGGUUGGACUCGAUGACCCUCAAGGUCCCUCCCAGCUCUACAAUUCUAUCAUUCUAAGUCAGACUGACUGCUCAAAAUAGCCAAUGUUGUCCGAUCUUCCUGCGAACAAGUGAGGAUAACUGCUUAAUGAACAGAUUGUCCCAAGUCUCCGAGGUGUGGGUGCCCCUAGCGCACAUGUGCAUGAGCAUUAAUACACCAAGCUGUGCCCAGCUUACCAUUUCACACCCUGCAGCUACUGAGAGAUGUUUUGAACCACUGAUAAUAGCACUGAUCCAAGACAGGAGGUGGUGAUAAUGGGAAAACUGUUGACAUGCAGAGGGCUGGGAGACCAGCUGGCUAGCCCCAGCUGGGCUGUCUCCUUCCAGUCUUCCCGCUGCGAAGACCAUCGGUCUCUGCUCCAAUGUAAAUCAGCGACCCGGGCUUUCAAGGCAGGACACACUAUCAGCAGAGCGAACUGCACGCACAGAAUAGGCGUGAGGCUUGUGGAAGCAUACUACAACUACAGAUUUAUUAAUCAUACAUCAGGACAAAGAAACAUGCCUUCUCUCUCUCUCUCGUCUUCUCAGAGAGAACCGGAAAAGCAAAAGCUAUACACAACAGAAGUUCCCAGCAAGCUGUGCUGGAAUGUAAACAGACAUGUGACAUGCAACAGUUCCACACGUCUGCUCCUUAAGGUGGAAUGGAAAUCUCAACAAAAACUGGGUCGUUUUGUGACAAGGAUCGUUGGACUAGUUGGGUUCUUUAUCACUUCCAACUCUAUAAUUUCCCUGGUAAUGGUACAGAAACACUGAUGCACUUAUGUGCACAGUGAGCAACUGGUUUUAUAGGAAAACCAUACUGGAGAAAUUAUGGACCCCACAGUUAUCACUCUCUCCCUCCAUGAACUUUUCUUGGGUCUUGACUUCUAUGAUUCUGUGAUUGACUUGGCAAGUGGCCCCUGUUCCACUUCCGAAUCUCUAGCUACUGAUCUUCAUUUAUUGUUGCGAACAAUAAGGUUUCAACUCCUGGCUUCCACCAGGACUUGUCCCUGUUUUAUUCUCGGUUUCAUCCAUUUAGGUGAACCUUUCAUUCUCAGAACCUUUAACACUGCCCCAACCAACAUUACUUUCGCUCUGCUGUUUGGAGAGAGGUUCGACUACAAAGAUCCAAUAUUCACCACUCUGCUAAGACUCAUAGAUGAAGUUAUGUGCCUUCUUGGAUCUCCAUUCUUGCACGUAAGAAAACUUUGUAGCUGCUACUUCAUACACUUAUGGGGUAAUAAACUGGAAGGAAUUCCAAACUAGAUGUGCUGAGCUGAGGGUCCAGGAUUUGUCUUCCCCAUUCAAUAGAAAGUAAGAAUGAUGGGUUUAUUUAUUACAUGAAGAAGAGUGAAAUUUCCCCUGGGAGCUGUAGUUUGCUAAGGGAGCUGAUCUCACAGUUGCCUGCACCCUUAAAAUGGUGUCACAGUGCCUUAAAUACAUGAUGCGGAUGUGACCAUAAUCUAAUACUCAGUUUCCCCUUGUUCUAAAUCCAAUUUGCCAGCCACUCUACCACGUUGGUUCUCUUUAGCAUGUAAGAUUCUCAACCUUGAGUGUAAGACACAUUCACACAAUUUUAGGUCCCAUCUACAUCAUACAUUGAAAUCACUCCUAUGGCAGCUUUCAGUUUUUGUGUGAGAGAGAUUAGAUUUCUUCUCAACUGCUUCUUGGGUUACAAAGCUGAAGGUUAAUAGAAAGUCCAUGCAAAAUCAGAAUGCAACAGGCAUUCACUUUGGCCUAUAGAUACCUGAUCCAAGAGAGGGGCAUCCAAGAUUAUUAUAAUCCCCGUCUGGGUUAAUUCUCAUUGUACUCCAGGGGGCUCUGACCUCUUUUCGUCACAAACAGUGCUGUUUCCAUUCCGCUGCAGUUCAGUUCCCACCAAAUACUAUUUUAUUAAUCUUGCUGUCUACUAUUUAGAUACACACACACACACACACACACACAACUUCAUUAUGGUGACAGACCAGCAUAUACAACUGACAUAAAUUUUCUCUAUGUGGUGUUAGUUACAAAUUUAAGCUAAUUGGUGACAUUUCCCCCCAUACCAAUUGUUUCAAUGCAAAGGGCAUUUAUUUUGAUGUUGAGGAAACACAAUUUAAAUCGGGCGGGGUUGCAGAGUGACCGUCAUCAAUUACAUACCCUUUGCAGACUGAAAAUAGCAACAACAGCAAAUACCAAUUGGUAUUCACUGGAUUGAUCUCCAUUUCAUGCGUGGGUUGAAUAAGCAGGCAUCAACAAUUUCUGCUUCUGUUCGAUUUUCAUUGGAAUUCUCCGACAUCCCAACUCAGGGGCAAUCCUUCUUCCUGAAGACUGUGGGGAGGGGUAAGACAGUCAUGGGAAUACCUAUUUCCUUGGACAAUCCUUUCCCCAAACACAACCCUGCUGAAUGACUUUUGUCUACAUUGCUUUUCAAGGUAACUAACAUUUAUUUCACCUCCCUCUCCAACGUUUCCCCCUUAAUUUCCUCCUGACUAGCUGUUUAAUUUCUACCCAUUCCUUGGAUUUCUUUUCAACGCUCACAAAAUUCUACUGAAGAGGAUCGAAGACGUCCGUAUCAUUAUAAGGGAAUACAUCAAGACAAGCAAGCAAGACAUCAACGCCAACAGCCUCAAAAGCUACACAGAUGCAUUGGUCUUCAAGCAACGAGAGGUAUUUUGAUGAUUCAGGUUUCAGGACCUCAGAAGUAUCCUACUGCAGGGGUUGGGAAUCUCAAACCCAGGGGCCAAAUGCAUCCUUCUGUCUGGCCCUUGGCACUCUUGCCAGGCUACACCUCCUCCUAGGACCACCUCACACUUUUCACCAGCCCAAUUAUGCACCAUCUUUGAGCGGUUUUGCCUGGUUGGAAGAUAGAACAGAAUCUGUGUACAAACUAGCCUACUGUACAAAGACAAGCAAUACAUUCAUGGCUCUGCCAGCUUUUGCCUCUGGCCCCAUCCACUACAUGCAUGAGAGCCAGUGUGGCCUAGUGGUUAGAGCAGACUUCCUUCCUCAGACUUGGCCCGUCAGAUGUUCUUGGCCUACAAUUCCCAUGAUCCCUAGCUAGCAGGACCUGGGGUCAGGGAUGAUGGGAAUUGUAGUCUCCAAAACAUCUGGAGGGCUGAGUUUGAGGAAGCCUGUGUUAGAGUGUUGGGCUAGGCGCUGGGUGACCAGAGUUUGAAUCCCCACUCAGCCAUGAAGCUCACUGAGUGACCUGGGCCAGUCACCACCUCUCAGCAUUAUUGUGGGGAUUAAAUGUAUAUGCCACCCUGAGUUACUUGGAGGAAAGAUGGGAUAGAAAUGUAACAAAUAAUGCAAUAAUAAACACAUAAUGUGGCCCUUGAAAGGUUUCUCCAGAAAUGAAUGCGGCCUUCAGAUUGAAGUCCCAACUUUGGGACUUCAAAGCACCCAACCACCUGUCAUCCUUGUCCCCGAUCUCCACACCUGUUGAAUUUGGCCUGAGGCUGGAUCUAGACACAUCAAAAAAGCAUUUCAGGAAAACGCAUUGUAAACCUUAAAGUGGGAAAUCAUGUCGGCGAAAGAGAGAACUCCACAGCGCCAUCUAGUGUCACGGUGUUAUAGCACGUAUAAAACACUUUUCCUUUACUAUUUUAGCUGAGUCCUGAGAGGCUAUGAUCCAAUUAAGAAUUGGGCUCGUUGAGCCAAUAAGGUCCCUCACCCCUGUCCUGUCUAGUCCAGCAUCCUGGCCAACAAGAUGAGUCUGUGUGUCAGAAGUCCACAAGCAAGAUGUGAUGCUUGUGUUCCUCAGCAAUUGGGUGCCAGAGGCAUAUAUUUCCACCGAUACCUGUGUACAGUGGUACCUCGGGUUACAGACGCUUCAGGUUGCAGACUCCGCUAACCCAGAAAUAGUACCUCGGGUUAAAAACUUUGCUUCAGGAUGAGAACAGAAAUCGCACAGCGGCAGCGGGAGGCCCCUUUAGCUAAAGUGGUACCUCAGGUUAAGAACAGUUUCAGGUUAAGAACGGACCUCCGGAACGAAUUAAGUUCUUAACCCGAGGUACCAGUGUAUUAAAUAGAGUGAGAGUAUUUUUGUUUUCAAUUUCAAUCAUGAGUUCUACCACCUUCUCAGGAUACGACUAAGCGAGAGAACCUUUUUAAUGAUGACAACCUCAUUGCUUCCAUCCUGGAUCUUGUCAUGGCUGGAACAGAGACCACGGCAACGACAUUGCAAUGGGCCGUUCUGCUGAUGAUGAAGUACCCAAAGAUUCAAAGUGAGUGGCCAGUUCAUUCACAGUCUCCUCCUGCUGCUACUGCUUCUAGAGGAUAUGAGCUUCUAGGCAAAAGAAGCCCCAUGGCUGAAUUAGGCCCCAUGCCCAUCUAGUCUAGCAUCUGUUUCUCACAGCAACCAAUCCGAUGCCUCUGGGAAGCCCACAGCUGGAACCUAAGGGCAAUAGCUCUCUCUGAACUAGGGAGGGAGGAGAAAUUCAAGUCAGUAUGCAUUUAAAGCCAAAUCUAUCAAAUUUGAACUUCCUGACACAAUACACGCAAGUCCCACUAUCCAAACACAACGUGUUAACACAAAAUUGUUUGUUAGGCAAGCGUUUGCGUAAUGAGUCGACGAUUUCCACUUAUUCCUAUGGGGAAAUUUCUAAUGUGUUUCUGACCAAGGAAUUUUGACCCCAAAAGGAUAAAAUAAACCCAUGAAAACCUGUGGAUCAGAAAAAGGUUUUUAUGAAGGCUGCUUAUUUGUUUACAGUGCUACACGCAAGUCCAGCUGUUUGGAUAUCUGAAUUUGUGGUGUGUACUAUUUCCUUAUGUUUGGAUAAGUGAAUUAUCCAAGCCAGGAGUAUCUACAGGUGCAAGGAAUUUAAUUGCACCCUGUUCUUUGGUUUUGUUCCAGAAAAGGUUCAAGAGGAGAUUGGGCGGGUUGUGAAACCAGGCCACUGGGCCACAUAUGAUGACCGGAAAGACAUGCCCUAUACCAAUGCAGUGAUCCACGAGGUGCAGAGAUUCAUCACGCUCUUGCCGCAUGUCCCACGCAGCACAUCAGCUGACACGCAUUUCAGGGGCUACUUUCUCCCAAAGGUACCUUCUCCAAAGGUGCAUGCCUGAUUUUGCAUGCUGAGUAUACUUCAUUGUACUUUAGCAUUGUUCUGUUAACUCUAGUCAAUUUUAACAGCUGAGCAGCUCUUGAGCAUGACUUGUGUUCUGUUCUCCCUUCACACCUGCAGGUUCCUCAUUUGAUGGCAAUGUAAUGCCAUUCUGACCCUGACAUGUAUGUGUGAAUGAAACACAUGCUUUCUUGUGGGUCCAUUCACACAUGCAGCUCAUCAGAGGUUGAGGCCAGAUAACACCGGUCCUGAAAGACCUACAUUGGCUCCCAGUACGUUUCCGAGCAUAAUUCAAAGUGUUGGUGCUGACCUUUAAAGCCCUAAACGGCCUCAGCCCAGUAUACCUGAAGGAACAUCUCCACCCUCAUCGUUCAGCUCAGACACUGAGGUCCAGCGCCGAGGGCCCUCUGGCGGUUCCCUCACUGCAAGAAAUGAGGUUACAGGGAACCAGGCAGAGGGCCUUCUCGGUAGUGGCACCUACCCUGUGGAACGCCCUCCCAUCAGAUUUCAAGGAAAUAAAUAACUAUCUGACUUUUAAAAGACAUCUGAAGGCAGCCCUGUUUAGGGAAGCUUUUAAUGUUUGAUGUUUUAUUCUGUUUGAUAUUCUGUUGGGAGUUGCCCAGAGUGGCUGGGGAAACCCAGCCAGAUGGGCGAGGUGUAAAUAAAUAAAUUUUAUUUUUAUUUUUAAUAAAUGAAGGUAACAUUCACGUGGGAGUUAGCCCUUGGUCAAGUCACGUUUCAAAGAAUCAGAGAACUGUAGUGUUGGGAGGGACGAGGGUUGUCUAUGCAAUUUCUGCAAUGCAGAAAUUUUUUACCCAGUGUAAGGCUCGAACCCACGACAUUGAUAUUAAGAGUCUCAUGCUCUACCGACUAAGCUAUCCCAAGCUGCCAUCUGGUGAUGCUCCUAAGAAAGGCACCAUAGGUGACUAGCAGAAGGCCUCUGAAGGGGAAACUGCAGUCUGCCUUCUGUAUAUCCGUUCUCUGCUGAGUGCAUUUGUGAAUGUUUGUGUUUGCCUGCCCGUCUUUACAUCCUCAAGUUGGAAGAUUCAGGACAGAUAAAAGGAAGUACAUCUUCAUGCAACAUAUAGUUAAACUAUGAAACUCAUUCCCCAGGAGGCAGGGAUGGCUACCAACAAGUUUGUUAAGAGAGCUGGGAAUAGUAGCUCGGCGGGGGACGACUACAGUUCCCAGGAUUAUUUCAGUGGAAGUGAGUGUGCUUUAAAUGUAUGGUGUGUGUGCAGCCUUGGUCUGUAAAUUGCAAACUGGGUAGGUUCCCUUUAAAAAUGCAGCAUGAACAAAACCCUUCAAGGCUAAAGUACUGUAUUUUUCGCUCUAUAGGACGCACCGGACCACUUCCCGGGCUUCGGGCUGCAGGCAGCUAUCCGCAAGCCUGCGGAGCCCAGAGGGAGUUCCCGCCAGGCUUCGCAGGCUUGCAGAUAGCUUCCUGAAGCCUGCAUUCGCUCCAUAGGACGCACGCACUUUCUCCCUUCAUUUUUGGAGGGGAAAAAGUGCAUCCUAUACAGCGAAAAAUACGGUAUUUUCCAUUGCCUUAUUGCAUCAAUGCAGGAGCAGUCCUGGUAAAUGAGAUAGCAGUUUUCAGACUCUAAACCUGAUUUUCUCUCAUCCCUGCUUACAAUUUCCAUCACCUCCACCCCAUGCUGUCUGAUCCAGGGAACGAUGGUGAUUCCUUCGCUCACUUCAGUGCUCCUGGAUCGAAGUCAUUGGGAGACCCCUCACGAGUUCAACCCUAACCACUUCCUUGACGCCGAUGGGAAGUUUGUCAAGAAAGAAGCCUUCAUGCCUUUCUCCUUAGGUACUUAUUUUUUUUUCCAAAUACAUAUUUAUUAAAUUUCCACUUUAAACAAAGAAAAAAACAAUAAAUUUCAACAAUCAUUCACACAACUUCUUUUCCACCGCUCUGCCGAGCAAAGACUUCAUUCCCUUCCUCCAACAGGUUUUCCUAUUCCAAUCUGCGUCUCGCGGUUUCCUCAUAUUUUGUCAAGUCCACAUUGUAAGACUUAUUUCAAUCCUGCUAGUCUCUUCAAACUUCUACAGUUAUUAUUUAUGUAGUCUAUAAAUUUACUCCAGUCUCUUUGGAAUUUUGAUUCCUCCUGAUCUUAGAUCCUGCAGGUCAGUUUUGCCAAUUCCGCGUAAUCCAUCAUUUUCGUCUGCCACUCCUCCAAUGUUGGUAACUCCUGUAAUUUCCACUUUGGGGCUAAUAACGUUCUGGCAGCGGUUGUUGCAUACAUAAAUAGUCUUUGGUCCACCUUUGCAAUUUCCUCUCCCAUCAAGCCCAGCAAAAAACCUUCUGGCUUUUUGGGAAAGGUGUAUUUAAACAUCUUUUUCAGUUCAUUAAAAAAACCCUUGUUUUCUCACAUGUCCACCACAUAUGAUAAAAGUCUCCAUCCUUCUCUUUACAUUUCCAGCAUACUUUAUUACUUCUCCUUAGGUACUUAAAGGGCUUCGUUCGUCUUGGCGGUAUAAAUCUGUUGAAAAAUUAUCAGCCUCCCCCUGUGCAGUGUUGUGACGGGGCAGGAGCUGUAUCUUGAGAAAUUCUCCCUUCUCUGCAGCUCUUAAGAUGGAGCCCCCUCACGUGGUCUGGAACAAGUAACUCCCUUGCAUUGGGAGCAAGGUGUGGGGUUAUUGGCAAAGUAUUUCUAUGGCCCUGUAGGCUGUUCCAAGUGUGAACUGUUUGUCUCUUUUAUAAUUCUUCCAACAGCCUUGUAAGGUAAACCCCAUAUUGCAGAUGAGGCCGAGGUGAGGGGUGACUGGAUCACUCUAUUGCUAGCCAAUGCCAGUUUUGCAUGUACAUUCACAAAGGGCCUUCCUAUCCUGUUUCCACACUAUAAUGAGAUUUUGAAAACUGCAUUGUAAAUGUAUUUUUUCCACAAACAUAGUCAGGUGUGCGUUUUACCCUAAAAUGUUUGUUUUGUUUUUUGUUUUUUAUUUUAUUGACUUAAAAAAAAAUUAUACAGACAGCAAAACAAAGAAGUCUAAAUUAACACUGCCUUCUACCGAUAAGAAAUAAUAAUAACUAUUACAAUAAUGAAAAUACUAAAAGUACAUUUACUUCCGCUUUUAAACUUCUAUUCUGGUUACAAUAUAUUACUUUUCUAUAAGAAUCUAUUAUAGCCUUUGCUGUCCCAUAUAUUAUUUCCCAAAUUCAACCUAACCCUCCCCUCCUCCCCACUGCUUACCUUCACCUGUGUGAGAUCUUCCCAUCAUAAUAUAUUUUUUCUAGUUGCUUUGAUAAAAUAGAGUAACUUGAAAACUGUUAAAUUAUAAUUACUUCUUUUGCCCUUACACGCUUAACAAUUUGUUAAGCAAUUGCUAAAAUGUUCUUUUUGUAGGCAUUUCCCCACCAUGUAAUAUAUCCAUUUUUGAACACAUUUCUGCUUCUUUUUAACAGUGCCUUUCUAAGCUAUGGCACGCGAUUCAGAGAAGUGCAAAGGGCGGGAGGGCUCUUUUCAAGGCGUGCCACCAGUCAACUCCCAAUUCUUUUUCGGUUUUGCAGGGCGCCGAAAUUGCAUCGGCGAAAGCUUGGCCAAGAUGGAACUUUUCUUGUUCUUCACGGGACUGCUGCAGAAAUUCACUUUUCAGCCGCCACCAGGGCUUACGGAAACUGACUUGGACUUGACCGUUCCUAAGACGACCUUCACUUUGAGGCCGCAACCUCAGCUGACUUGCGCCAUUCCCCUGGAAUGAAGAGAGGACAUUGCGAUGAGAUAAUCCACACACAAUGAGGGGGAACUCAAGUAGGGAAUUCCUUUUGGCGGAGCAGGAACUGAUGGAUCGGUACCUUAGCAAAGCUAGAGUUGCCAUGGGGUGUAUGCUUGAAAGGCAAAUGCAACUGGUACCAACAAACUUGACUUUUUCCAUGCUUGUCAUACUUUUAAAUAUAUGCGUAACAGCUUAAGCAUGUGGGAAAGCAAACAUCCUAUACUUGGACUUUCAGAAAGCUUUUGCUUAAAGGGUGAAUUUGAUAUUAGAGAUUAUUACGGAAAGGAUUGUGAAAAUCAAAUUAUAGGUACCGUCAUGCCUUUAUACAAACCUAUAGUGUGCCCACACUUGGAAUACUCUGUGGAAUUAGGAUUGCACCUCAAAAAGGAUAUUGUAGAGCUGGGUAAAGGAUAGGAAAGCACAACCAGGAUGAUUAGAGAGUAGAGGAACUCCCCUGUAGAGAAAGAGGCAUGAUGUUCGGGGCUUUUUAGUUGUGGAAAAAAAGGAGGGUAUUCAAAAGAUCUUAGGUUUUGUUUCCCUUAAUCGUUGCUGCUUCCCAGAGGCGGGAUAAUUAAUAGCCGUACUCAAGACUAAAAACCUUUCUCAGUUCCCAAUUCAGAGACUCUGCUGCCUCCCUGCUGCUAGUCUGGGUCACAGCAAGCACUUUCCCCCAGCCUUUUCUGCUAAUAAAUUUACACUUGGG